AUGGAGUCUCAGAAAGGUCAAACUUCCCAGGAAACAAACGAGGAUGAUAAACCAUCGAUUCAGUUAUCUACGCAAGCUCAAACGCAGAUGAAAUCAGCGAUGUUGUUCCCCACCAUUAAUAACCAACGUCCACAAGUUGCUCUCCCUCAAUAUGAUAACGCUGAACAAUGGCGAUAUCCUCAACCAUAUCAUCAACCAUACAUCGUUAAUAUGCCCAUAAACUCAACAGGGUACCCAGUUUAUGGCUACUAUCCACCUCAAUCACAAAUUUCAGCCACUCAAAAUUACCAAUUACCACAGCAGUAUUAUUACUAUAAUCCAGUAAUUCAAUCGACUUCACCUUCUCCAUCUUUGGUACAAUCUCAGAUUAUGCAAGCACAACCACCACCACCACCACAACAACAGCAACAACAAGCACAGCCUCCACAACAACGACAGUCACUACCAAUUUAUGGUAGCGCACCAACUACUCAACUAGUGACUUCCAACUCUAUAUCCCUCUCUGAACUACCAGAAUUGAGAAAUAGAGUGACUAAUUUAACGGAACCAUUUAUUCCAGUAGAAAAGCCCGAUCAGAGUAAAGAUGGAACCAAUGAUUCAUUAGAAGUUAAGAAACAUAUCCCAAGAGUCAUUACUACAAUGUGGGAGGAUGAAAGAACUCUUUGUUAUCAAGUGGAAUGUAACGGUGUCGCUGUCGUUAGAAGAGCUGAUAAUGAUAUGAUUAACGGUACGAAAUUACUUAAUGUGACAAAGAUGACCCGAGGAAGAAGAGACGGGAUACUGAGGGCAGAAAAGGUAAGAAGCGUCAUCAAGAUUGGGUCCAUGCAUUUGAAAGGUGUAUGGAUUCCCUUUGAUAGAGCUUUAAUGAUGGCUAAGAGGGAGAAAAUUGUGGAUUUGUUGUACCCGCUAUUUGUAAAGGAUAUUAAUUCUAUCUUGAGUCAAUUACCGCAACUUUCGCAAAGGGAAUCAAUGGUAUUAAUGAAUGGGUUCGUUACCCAGGUUACUCCUCAACCGCAACCACUUAUAGAAACACCAAUCCCAAAUACCAUUAAUAUCAAUGCCAAUAGCAAUAAUAACAACACUACUAAUUUGGAGGACCGUCAACUUUAUCAACCGGUUCGCAUGACCGAAAAUAUCCACCCUUCCAUGGCCACAUUACAGACACCAAGCCCUGCUCCAAUAUACCAACGCUAUACUAACUCACCUCCAUUAAUAAAUCCAAAUAAUAAUGUAAAACAACUACCCGUAUUGCCAAAUAUAACGAGAAGUUAUUCUCCACCAAUUGGUCCAGAGGUAAGAACUAUUAAUAAUGAUCACAUUAUUUUAACGAGUACAGCAUCAAGUGCAAGUGCAAGUGCAAGUGCAAAUACCACUGCUACUACACUUCCUCACCUUUCCAAUAUUGUCCCACCACAACAUAUAGACGACUCUCCAGGGAACAAUGGAUUAAAAUAUGAUGGAAAGAAAACUUUGCUCCCGAGAUUGGAGGUGAACAAGAUAAGUGUAGAACUUGAAAGCACGACACCUAAAAAUUCAACGGCACCAUCUACAGAUGUGCAAAAUUAA